GUCACCAAUUUUUAUUUCGGCUUCGGCAUAGUGACCCGAUGUCACCACUCUUAUCUCGGCUUCAGCCAUGGUGACCUCAAGUCACCCACUUCACUUCGGCCUGGGCCCGAAUCUCAGUUAUACGCGAGACGCAAGGCAAAGUUCAGAGCUCAGAGCUUACUGCACCUCUGCUGCAGAGCUCAAAGCUUACCGCACCUCGGCUGCAGAGUUCAGAGCUUAUCGCACCUCAGUCGCAGAACUCAGAGUCUACCACACCUCGGCAACGGAGCUCAGAGCUUACCGCACUUUAGUCGCAGAACUCAGAGUCUACCGCACCUCGGCUAUUUGCUGUAAGUACAUGGCAGCCACAAUAGACACGCCCCCAUCUGAUCAUUUGUCCUUACCUGAGCAUCCUUUCUCAAGGGACCUGCUCCGUCAGAACGUUACAUGCGCAUUUAAUGCGGUUGCUCCGUUAAGGCACGUUACAUUCACCUAAAACGCCUACUCCGUCAGGCACAA